ACUGCCAGCACUGCACCGAAAUCGACAAAACAGUGUGCGACUCGAAGUGUCAAACAAGUGCAAAUCCGCGAAAAUAUUGCAAUUUUUGGCCUAAAAACAUGCCAAAACCGGGCGAAAAGUGUUGAAAAAUCCGUAUUAGGUACCGCCGCAGCGAAACCAAGUGGAAAUUCCCAUGAAAAAGUAAAAUUCGCGCCGGGAAGCGCAUUUUUCACCUGCGCCAUCGUCGGUGCUGUCAGCAGCGGGAGUGCUAGCGCUACCGUUCGGCGGCGGUGGGUGGUUGCUGUUUUCAUCGAUUCCUUGGGAGGCGCAAUAUUUCGUCGAUUGUUUUUAUCCGUUGCGUCGCGCGUCUCGUCGAUCGCCUCCCCCCGCUUCGUACGGUUCAGUUCGUCAAAGGUCAAGAACACGGCGCCGGUUUGUUUACUAACUAGAAGACUUCGCGAUAGGGUGAGGGUGAUAGUUUUUGUAACGUGUUUAGGUGUUUUUGUGUAUUCGCUGUGAAUUACGAUCAUGUCGAACGUGGUGCUACAGUUCGUGAGCGGGCUCAAAAGCCGCAACAAGGAUGCGCAGAACAAGGCGGCCCAGGAGCUGUCGCUCUACGUUAAGACGGAACUGCGCGAAAUUCCGCAAGAUGACUUGCUGGCAUUUUUCGAGGAUUUCAACCAGUACAUUUUCGAAAUGUUGUCCAGCGCCGACAUCAACGACAAAAAGGGCGGCGUCUUGGCCAUCAAUUGCCUGAUAAGUGGCGAUGUGGUCAACACAACGACUCAAAUAUCCCGUUAUUCGAACAAUCUGCGAAACCUGCUUCCGUCGAGUGACAUUUCGGUGAUGGAGCUGGCAGCGAAGGUGCUCGUUAAGUUGGCUCUUCUGCCCGGUUCCAAGGGGGCCGAGUCGUUCGAAUUCGACAUUAAACGUGCCUUCGAGUGGCUGAUGGAGGAACGAACGGAGGGAAAACGGCAUGCCGCUGUGCUGGUGUUGCGUGAGUUGGCCGUGGCCAUGCCAACGUUUUUCUACCAGCAAGUUGGGAGCUUUUUCGAGCACAUAUUUGUUGCCAUCAAGGAUCCCAAACCGAUGAUUCGAGAGGGAGCUGGACAAGCCUUGCGCGCUGUGCUGAUUGUCACCUCGCAGAGAGAGGGAACCAAGCAGAAUAACAAUCCGCAAUGGUACAACCACUGUUAUGACAACGCCAUGGAUUGCUUUAAGGAAGUUCCUUCACGUGAGAAAGGAUUCAACCGAGACGAUCGCAUCCAUGGAGCAAUAAUUGUGUUUAAUGAAAUUCUACGAUGCUCAAAUGCAGCCUGGGAGAAAAAGUACAUGCAACUGGAGAGUUUGAAUGUUGAUCGCAGGUGUCGUCAUACGGAUGAAAGUCAUAGCAUCUUUCCUAGGAUUCGUGUCCCCUUCAUGGAAAAGCUUGGCGGAGGUGGCCAUAGUUCCAGUACUGCAUCUCGCAGUAGUGAUGGUAGCGAUGUCAAAUUCUUCCGGCAAAAUAGUUCCAUACAAGAAUCGGCUAUUUGUAGAGCAUUAACAAACGAUAAUUACGAAUUGAUCUGCCAGAAAGUGCUUGAACAGCGGAAUUCUAAGUCUCCUUACGUGAUUCAAUCGCUGCUUACCAUUCUACCUCGAUUGGCCGCCUUCAAUCGCAGAGAUUUCGUCACUAACCAUCUUAAAACCGUCGUCAACUAUCUGAUCCUAACGAUCAAAAGCAAAGAAAAAGAACGGAACCUGGCUUUUGUCACGCUCGGCUAUAUUGCGGUUGCCGUCGAGAAAGAUAUUGCCCCUUUCAGGACGCGAAUCAUUGAAGUCAUCACCGCAGCUCUGCCGCCGAAGGAAACCCCCAGCAAGAAAAAGGUCUCCGUCGAUCCGUCGGUGUUCAUGUGCAUCACCCUGUUGGGUCAUGCUCUGAAAAGUGCAAUUACAACCAACAUCAAGAGCCUGAUCUUGCCGAUGCUGUCGACGGGACUGAGUACCGGUCUGACGGUUUGCCUGCACGAGUUGAGCGAGAAUGUGCCACAGUUGAGGCAGGAAAUCACCACCGGACUGCUGCAGAUCCUGUCCUGUGUGCUGAUGAAUAAACCGCUGCCGCAGUUUAUGCCCGGUCGACCUCAAGGUGGAAUGAACACGAGUCUGUACGAGCAGCAGAUUCAGGAUACCCCGACCACGGUGCUGGCCCUUCGCACGCUCGGUACCUUCAACUUCGAGGGUCACAGUUUGCUGCCGUUCGUGCAACGCUGUGCCGAUCAUUUCCUGCUUAGCGAACAGCAGGAGAUUCGCAUCGAGGCCGUUCAGACGUGCACUCUGCUGCUGAAAUUGGCCCUCCAGUCGGUGGAUUCGGCUGACGGAUCGGAAACGCUAACCCAAACGGUGGGCAGCGUGCUGGAGAAGAUUUUGAUCGUGGGCAUUACCGACGUUGAUCCGAAUGUGCGGCUGAGGGUGCUGAAGUCGCUGGACGAUAGUUUUGAUUCGCAGUUGGCGCAACCGUGGUUUCUUAGUUCGCUGCUGAUUACUAUGAACGAUGAGGUGUUUGAAAUUCGGGAAUUGGCUAUCAUCAUCAUCGGUAGGCUAUCGGCUAUUAAUCCGGCUUAUGUGAUGCCGAGUUUGAGGAAGACCAUGGUGCAGAUUUUGACCGAACUGGAACAUUCCGGUAUGAGUCGAAACAAGGAGCAGAGUGCGAGAAUGUUGGAUCAUUUGAUCGUCAGCACUCCGAGGCUGAUAUCUGCCUAUAUGAGACCUAUUUUGUCUAUUUUGGUUCCGAAGUUGAAGGAACCAGAGUCGAAUCCGGGGGUUGUAUUGAAUGUAUUGAGAGCAAUAGGAGAUCUUGCGGAAGUCAAUGGAGGACACAAUGUUUUAGAAACGUGGUCUGACGAGCUGUUGGCUACGUUGUUGGAAAUGCUUAGCGAUGCCGGAUCUACGGAGAAACGUGGCGUAGCUUUAUGGACCCUCGGCCAACUUGUCAGUGCCACAGGGCAGGCCGUCAAACCUUAUCAUAAGUAUCCCAAUUUGAUCGAUAUAUUGAUCAACUUUUUGAAGACGGAACAGCAACCGUACGUUAGGCGGGAAACAAUCCGAGUGCUAGGACUACUCGGUGCCUUAGAUCCGUACAAGCAUAAGAUGAACCGUGGUCUGAUCGACAGUCAAACCAAUAACAUCCUAAUAUCGAUUUCUGACACAAAAACAGACGAAUACACUGAUUUGUCUACCUCGGAAAUGUUGAUCAAUAUGAACAAUCAACUAGACGAAUACUAUCCGGCGGUGGCCAUUUCAACGUUAAUGAAGAUCCUCCGCGAUCCCACAUUGUCCUCUCACCACACCAGUGUAGUCCAGGCCAUUACCUUCAUUUUCAAAAGCCUCGGCAUCAAGUGCGUUCCGUAUCUGUCCCAAGUCUUGCCCAGUCUGCUUGGAAAUAUCCGCAAUGCCGAAAUGAACUUGAAAGAGUUCCUCUUCCAGCAGCUCUCGAUCCUGAUCGAGAUUGUCAAACAGCACAUCAUCAGUUUCAUGGAGGAAAUAUUCCAACUGAUCAAGACGUUCUGGAACAGUAUCUACCCUCUUCAACCGACCCUCAUCAUUUUGGUAGAAAAGAUCGCGAUCGCUUUGGGAUGCGAGUUCAAGAUCUAUCUUCCACAACUGAUGCCGCAGAUUUUGCGGGUUCUCCUUCACGACGCGUCUACCAAUCGAAUAGUCACCGUCAAACUGCUCAAUGCCUUGCAAAAAUUCGGAAACAACCUGGACGACUAUCUCCAUCUGAUAAUCCCGGCGAUCGUGAAGCUGUUCGAACCGAUCGAAGUUCCCUAUCAGGUAUCCCUCGCUGCCCUGGAAACCAUCAACUACCUGGCCGAGAUUCUCGAUUUCACCGACUUCUCCUCACGGAUCAUUCAUCCCUUGGUCCGCGUCCUGGACAAUCACCCGGGACAGCUGCAAACCGCAGCCCUACAAACCCUCUGCUCGAUCAUGAUCCAACUGGGCAAGAAAUAUCUCGUUUUCGUACCCCUGGUCAACCGCGUCAUGAUCCGCCACAAGAUAUCCUACACCGAGUACAACAAACUCCUCUCCAAGCUCCAGAGCCAGAGCACCUUGGCCUUGGACGAUGAAUUCCGUCUGCGUCAAGCUCGCUUCAAGAACCGCGAAAUGUCCCUGGCUCAGGACACCACCAUCCAGAAGCUGAACGUGUCCGUCGCCUACCUCCAGGGGGCUUUUAAAGCCAAUCGUCGCGUUUCGCGUGACGAUUGGCUCGAAUGGCUGCGACGUCUGAGUAUCUGCCUGCUGAAAGAAUCCAAAAGCCCUGCGUUGCGAUCCUGUCGAACCCUCGCUCAAAACUACCCGCAGCUGUUGAAGGACCUGUUCAAUGCGGCGUUCGUCAGCUGUUGGACGGAUUUGCCCGACAGCCUUAAAGAGGAGUUGUCCUCUAGCUUGAGGCAGGCCCUGAUGGUGCCGGAUCUUCCGGAAAUCACCCAGACCAUCCUCAAUCUGGCGGAAUUCAUGGAGCACUGUGAAAACGAUGCCUUGAGGAUCGAUCCAAAGAUUCUGGGAGAGCGUGCCAUGGAGUGCCGAGCCUAUGCUAAAGCCCUGCACUACAAGGAGGAAGAGUUCUUAAACAUGAAGGAUAAGGAUCAGAGCGUGUUUGAAUCCUUGAUUCUGAUCAACAACAAACUCCAGCAGAAGGAAGCGGCCGAGGGAUUGCUGGAGUACGCUAUGGAACACCGGAGCGCAUCCGAGGAGAUGAAGGUCCAGGUCAGGUGGUACGAGAAGCUGCACAGUUGGGAGAAAGCGUUGAACCUGUAUCAGGACAAGCUGGAGAGCAAUCCUAGCGAUUUGGAGUCGCGACUUGGCCAGUGGCGAUGUCUGGAAGCGCUCGGGGAAUGGUCCACCUUGAACACGCUGACCAAAGAAACGUGGGAAAAACUGGGAACCGAAGGACAGAGCAAAGCCGGAAGACUGGCAGCUGCGGCCGCUUGGGGCUUGAAGGAUUGGGAAGGAAUGCAGGAGUUUGUCAAGUUUAUCCCGGAGGAUACCCAGGACGGAUCGUUCUAUCGUGCCGUUCUGGCAGUUCACCACGGCGAGUACGAACUGGCUCAGACGCUGAUUGAUGACACGCGAGACCUCCUGGACACGGAACUGACCGCCAUGGCAGGCGAAUCGUACGAGCGUGCCUACGGAGCGAUGGUUUGCGUUCAAAUGCUGUCCGAACUGGAGGAAGUCAUACAGUACAAGCUGAUUCCAGAACGGCAGGAAACUAUCAAGGCAAUGUGGUGGGAUCGCUUGCUCGGUGGGCAAAGGCUGGUCGAGGACUGGCAGCGGAUUUUGCAGGUUCACACCCUGGUUGUACAUCCAGCCAACGACGUUAAAACGUGGCUUAAGUUUGCAUCGCUCUGCCGCAAGAGUGAUUCGUUGAAACUUUCAGAGAAGACCCUUGUCAUGCUGCUUCGGUACAAUCCUUCCGAGUAUCCGGAUCAUCCACUAGAAUUUAUGCAACCGGACAUAAGUUUUGCCUACGCCAAACAUCUCUGGGCUGCUGGCGAGCAGGAUAAGGCUUACAAUCAACUGAACCGUCUGGUCGCUGAUAUGGGUAUCGAAGGUAAUUUCGAUGUCGAGGAAAAGGACGAAAAUCGACGCCUGCUAGCUCGUUGCUACAUGAAGCUGGGUCAAUGGCAAAACCAGCUGCAAGGCCUCAACGAGCAGUCUAUCAAAGGCAUCCUGGCAUGCUAUGAGAAAGCCACUAAACACGACUCCAAUUGGUACAAGGCGUGGCAUCUGUGGGCCUACAUGAACUUCGAGGUCGUUCAAAACCAGAAGCAACAAGAGGAUUUGAUCAAGAAUCCUGGAGGAGACAAAGAAAAGUGUAUGAUUCGACAGUAUGCCGUUCCCGCUGUCGAAGGCUUCUUCCGGUCAAUCAACCUGUCUCACGGAAACUCCCUUCAGGAUACUCUCCGCCUGUUGACCCUCUGGUUCGAUUACGGACAGUAUCCCAAGGUUUAUGAGGCCCUAGUAGAAGGAAUGCGAGUUAUCGAGAUCAACACCUGGUUGCAGGUGAUUCCUCAGUUGAUCGCUCGGAUCGAUACUCCUCGCAAUCUGGUUGGCCAACUAAUCCAUCAGCUCUUGAACGACAUUGGAAAGUGUCACCCACAGGCGCUUGUUUAUCCACUGACCGUUGCUUCCAAUUCGGCAUCCAGCGCCCGCCGGCAAGCCGCUCAUAAGAUCCUGGGCUCCAUGGGCGAACACUCCUCAAAUCUGGUAAACCAAGCGAUCAUGUGCAGUGAAGAGCUCAUUCGCGUGGCGAUCUUAUGGCACGAACAGUGGCAUGAGGGUUUGGAAGAAGCGUCGCGACUGUACUUUGGCGAUCGGAACAUCAAGGGCAUGUUUGAAACGCUUGAACCACUACAUCAGAUGCUUCAGCGAGGGCCGCAAACUUUGAAGGAAACCUCGUUCAAUCAAGCGUAUGGUAGGGAUCUUAACGAGGCGCAGGAAUGGUGCAAGCACUAUAAGAACUCGGGCAACAUUCGCGACUUGAACCAAGCCUGGGAUUUGUACUAUCACGUGUUCCGCCGGAUUUCCCGGCAACUGCCGCAGCUCACCUCGCUGGAACUGCAGUACGUUAGUCCGAAGCUGCUGGCCUGUCGUGAUUUGGAACUGGCCGUCCCGGGAAGUUACGCUCCUGGCCAGGAGUUGAUCCGCAUUGCCAGCAUUCAGUCGAACCUCCAGGUGAUCACUUCGAAACAAAGACCCCGGAAACUUUGCAUCCGUGGCUCCAACGGCAAGGAGUACAUGUUCCUGCUGAAGGGCCACGAAGAUCUGCGCCAGGACGAACGCGUGAUGCAGCUGUUUGGGCUGGUGAAUACCCUGCUGCUGAACGAUCCGGAUACGUUCCGGCGGAAUCUUACCAUUCAACGGUAUGCGGUCAUCCCGUUGAGCACCAACUCCGGUCUGAUUGGAUGGGUGCCCCACUGCGAUACGCUGCACACGCUGAUUCGGGAUUAUCGUGACAAAAAGAAGACCAUGCUGAACAUCGAGCAUCGGAUUAUGUUGCGAAUGGCACCGGAUUACGACCAUCUGACGUUGAUGCAAAAGGUCGAAGUCUUUGAGUAUGCGUUGGAACUCACCAAAGGGGAUGACCUGGCCAAGCUGCUGUGGCUGAAGAGUCCCUCGUCGGAGGUUUGGUUCGACAGGAGGACGAACUACACUCGGUCGCUGGCGGUCAUGUCGAUGGUGGGCUACAUUCUGGGGCUGGGCGAUCGACACCCGUCCAAUUUGAUGCUGGAUCGGUUGAGUGGGAAAAUCCUGCAUAUCGAUUUUGGCGAUUGUUUCGAGGUUGCAAUGACCCGCGAGAAAUUCCCGGAAAAGAUUCCAUUCCGGUUGACGCGUAUGCUUAUCAACGCGAUGGAAGUGACCGGCAUCGAGGGAACGUACCGUCGGACGUGUGAAAGCGUCAUGCACGUGCUCCGUCGUAACAAGGACAGUCUGAUGGCCGUCUUGGAGGCGUUUGUGUACGAUCCGUUGCUCAACUGGCGUCUGCUGGAUGCGGACAAAAACCGACGGUCCAAGAAUGCCACCGACGUUGAUAGCACGGCGGAGAGCAUGGAGGAGACGUUGGAUCUGCUGGCCAUCAACGCGAGGAACCUUCGGAUGAACGAGGCCAACGGGGGUGGCGAUGUAGUGGAUCAGGGCAGCAAUUGUAUCGCCAACCCGGCGGAAGCCACUAACAACAAAGCCCGGGCGAUCGUUGACCGCGUGAAGCAGAAACUGACUGGUAAGGACUUUAACACGGUGGAACCGGUGCAAAGGCAGAUUGAUCUGCUGAUUCGGCAGGCGACGAACAAUGAAAACCUCUGCCAGUGCUACAUCGGAUGGUGUCCUUUCUGGUAAGCUGGCGGAACAAAAUUACGCGUUUUAUGUGUUAAGCUUGCAAUUGUGAAUAUAACGUAACUUUUAAGAUUUUGUACCGUUGCUUCGGCACCACUAUAUGAUAUCUGUCGAUGUGGGAAAUAUUAUUAGGAAUAGAGUUGGGCGGCAACAACUGACACAAUGCCUGUCUUGUGCUGGAACCAAUAGUAGUGAACAGCGAAAGUUAGAUGUUUAAACAAUCAUCACCGCAAAGUUUACCAAAUCUUGUUUUGUAUUAAGCUUCAAAAAUGAGAUACCCGUAAGCCAAUAAAUGAUUUAGCUUAUGCAAAAA